AGCGCGGCGUACCAGAGAACUACAACUCCCAUCAGGCACUUGGGGGUCCCGAGGCCUGAAAGAGAGAAAACACCUUAGGAACUACCACUCCCGUGAGGCUCCGCUCCCCGCGCCUGCGCAGAGCCCAGGGCCACGUCACUUUUGCGGCACCAGGGACCACGCUCCUCAUCCAUGGCUUCUGCGGACUCUCGCCGUGUUGGGGAUGGCCGCGGUGCUGGGGGCAACUUCCAGCCCUACCUAGACUCCUUAAGGCAGGAGCUGCAGCAGACCGAUCCGACGCUAUUGUCAGUAGUGGUGGCGGUUUUUGCGGUGCUGUUGACGCUGGUGUUUUGGAAGUUAAUCCGAAGCAGAAGGAGCAGUCAGAGAGCUGUUCUUCUUGUUGGUUUGUGUGAUUCCGGGAAAACAUUGCUCUUUGUCAGGUUGUUAACAGGACUUUAUAGAGACACUCAGACAUCCAUUACUGACAGCUCUGCUAUAUAUAGAGUCAACAAUAACAGGGGCAAUAGCCUGAACUUGAUUGACCUCCCCGGCCAUGAGAGCUUGAGGCUUCAGUUCUUAGAGCGGUUUAAGUCUUCAGCCAGGGCUGUUGUGUUUGUUGUGGAUAGUGCAUCAUUCCAACGAGAGGUGAAAGAUGUGGCUGAGUUUCUGUAUCAAGUCCUCAUUGACAGUAUGGGUCUGAAGAACACACCGUCUUUCUUAAUAGCCUGCAAUAAACAAGAUAUUGCAAUGGCAAAAUCAGCCAAGUUAAUUCAACAGCAGCUUGAGAAAGAACUCAACACCUUACGAGUUACCCGUUCUGCUGCCCCCAGCACACUGGACAGUUCCAGCACUGUCCCUGUUCAGCUGGGAAAGAAAGGCAAAGAGUUCGAAUUCUCACAGUUGCCUCUCAAAGUGGAGUUCCUGGAGUGUAGUGCCAGGGGUGGAAGAGGGGAUGCUGGCUCUGCUGACAUCCAGGACUUGGAGAAAUGGCUGGCUAAAAUCGCCUGAGGAGCAGCGCCAAAGCACAGGACAUGGAUAUGUGUGUGUGACUGACUCAGUUUUGGGAAAAGGGCUAUGGUUGUCUGGAGUUGAUAAAGAAAAGGUACAAAAUGCGGUUAGAGACAUUUCCUUAUUCUAGAAACAAAUUACUGUUGAAACCAGCUUGGAAUUUUUUUUUAAGUUUAGUUCUCCCUCAUGGCUCCCUUUCAAGCAAGUCACUUUUAUUUCACAUUUGUGUCUUCCCUUUGUUAAGGUGUGUUUAACGUCUAAUGUAUGUUUGAUGGAGGGCCAAGGUCUUUGUGACAUAAGAAGCCGACUCCACACAGAGAGGAUAUUUGCAGGAGAAUAUGCUUAUCAUCUGGAGAGGAUUCUUAUCCUCUGCUUCUGUGCUUUGUGCCCUUUUCUCUGGAAACAGACAUGCCUGUUCAUGAAGCCAGUUGAUUUCUAGUUGCCCAUGAGGGCAACUAGCAAUACACGAGCAAUACAUUGUCUACUCCUUUGUGAAUUCCCAGAUUUGUAGGCAUAGUUACAGUACAGUUUCCCCACAUGUGAAGACAGCUACAAAACAGCAGGCCUGAGUGGACAGUGGGUCUGUUCUUCAUCAGCUCAGUGACUGGUCCACACUCCAGUCUUAGCACUUAUGUUUCAGAAGCUUGUCAUGAAUCCCUGGAGUCAUUCCUAGAUAAUAGAACUAGAAAUGCCAACUCCCCAGAUGCUAAGGGUCUGGUGUGUUCUCAUGGUUACACUGAGGAACAUAUGGAGAUUUAGAUGCUGUUCCACUUCUCUGGAUGGCUGAGGGUUCCUGGGCCAUCCUUAUGUGCUGCUUGAACAGCUCCAGUUUUGCACCCUUGCUAGAAUGCUGUGGGAUAAAUACAAAGUGAAAAAAGUUCUCUGUAGAUUUCUGAAGUGCAUAUUCAUUGAAUCUAAAAAAAAAUAAUAAACUCUGCCUUUUCAAAGUGA